GUUUUUAGGCCACCGGAAGUUGUACCUUGUUAGACGUAAACUGUUAAAUUUGUAAGAAUUUGUGGCUUCUUUUAAUGCUAAAGUAAUCAAGGUUUUAGCCAUACAAAGCAGAGGUGAAUUAAGUUAAAGGGUGACUCAGUUUAAGGCUGACUAAUUACAUCGUUAGAUGGAGUCAAACAGGUAGAAAUAAAACAACUAUGGCCUCUCAGAGAGAAGAGGAUCUGGGUAUAAAUCCGUUUUUGACGUGGACCGGACCCCAUACCAUAACUAUACCACGUAUAAAUAACGGAUUCGGUUUUACAUUACGUCAUUUUAUUGUCUACCCUCCGGAAUCACCUCUAGAUGAGCCCUUUCAAUUUUUUGAGGAUGAAGAGAAUAAAUAUGAAGGCCUUAGAGAUAGAAAUUCAAAAUGUGGUUUGGAGCCAAUGGACACCAUCUUCGUCAAAAAUGUAAAAGAAGGAGGACCUGCUCAGUUAGCCGGGCUAAAUACAGGCGAUCGUAUCGUGUCAGUCAACGGAGAAACAGUUAACGGCAAAUCUUAUUCUCAAGUUAUCUCCCUUAUACAGUCCAGUGAUAAUAUAUUAAAGUUAUCAGUGGUACCGAGAGAUGAAGAUAUACUGCAGAUGGCAUACCAAGGUUCACUUGGUUUAGAAGUUGAAACACAUCAUAAAACUUCCAACCAGACAUCGCCUUACAGAACGCAAUCAAUAGAUGAAAAUAGUGCCCCAGCAGAUAAAAACCUUCCGCCCAAACGUCGUGAUACACCCUACAAAUUUGAAUCAACAUACGACUUCAAUCCUCGAAGCGGUCAGAAUUGGAAGAAUUUUUAUGCUUCAGACUCUCGUGUUCAUCGACAACCAUUACGAAAUGAUGACAGUGACAACAAAGGAAUGUCGUAUCGUGAUCGUAAAUUAGAUCGUCCAGUAUCGGAAGACACUGGUGGAAAAAUGGCUUCAAUAUCGUGUAACUUGCCGUCUAAGAAUACAUAUUCUUACGGGUUGAUUAUUCCGCCAAAAGAUGAUUCUAAAUCAAAUAGCGUUGAUAAUUUAACCCACACCUCCUCUGUGCAGUAUUCACGCGAAAACUCAAAAGAUAGCGUUGGUCGUCCUCGACGACUUGGUUACGAAAAUCGUCAACAAUCAUGUGACACUGAUUCUCAAACGGAAAAUAAAGGAACUAGCCGACACAGUUAUACGGAACCCACAUCAUUUAUUAUUUCACGUUCCAAAACAACGUCUGCUUUAUCAAAUACGUCCAAUAGACAAGUUCAGGCUCCGUGUUCUAUGCAGUGGAAUGCAUCGAAUAGAAGUGGUGAUAGUAACGGGGAGUCAGUCGGAAAUAGACAUUUUGUACCGGUUGUUUCCGAAUCUCACCUCGGGAAAGGAAAUCAAUUUUCCACAAGUGUAGAUAGUAUAGAUUUAAGGACUGGCCGUUACAUUCAGGAGCGACAAUGGCAGCCUAAUAAAGUAUCUAAUCGUGAAAGAGAACGUGAACGUGAUUCAGGUAGCUCAGGACGAACAUUUGUUGUACGGAUACCGGUCAGUGAUAGACAACAUGUCGUCACUAGUGACAGUCAAAAUAUAUCCCGAUCUGGUACGACAUUCGCUCUCACACGAUCUCCCGUUACUCAGAUUGAAAUACAUAAGGGUCCGUCACGACCAAUCGUUUCACACCGUAAACAGCAGUUUGAAGAGGGGAAAAAUGAAAAUAUUCCUCCGCAUGGAGUUAAUUUAAAUAAAAGGUAUCGAACAGAACUUGAGAAACUUUCUUCGUUAAAAAAGUUUUCAAGCGUAGCCAAUAGAGCGGCUCAUUUUGAAGGGAAGUCGGAUGCCAGCGGCACAAACUCAUCUGACGAAAAUAGCUCUCCGCCACUUGGAACAAGAUCACGGAAAAGUUCUGAUCAGUAUUGUCAACCAGAAAUUACUCAUAAAGCAGAGAGACCUAAUACAUUAUCUAAGUAUUCGGAGAGUGCCCCUAUAAGGAUUUAUGUGUCUCCUGGUAGUUCUAGUGCACCGUCAUCCCCAAUUGUUGAAAUUGUACCCCUAUUUCCAGAUCAGUCUUCAGGAAGGGAGUCGAAUCAACGUCCAACUAGCUACCCCCAGAAUGCUUCAGAUGAUCAGUAUGAAGAGGGUUUUCAUGCUAGAAUUAUACACGAGAACCUCCAUAAUAACCGUCCUGUCCGUAAAACAUCAUACCUCUCAGCUGUUAAUGCACCUCGUGCCAGAUAUCAAGAAGAUGGAUCCCCAGAAAGUCCUGGAGCUCUUAGUUCAGUUUUAUCGUCCAGUGAUGAAACAUACACCGAACUUUGA